AGGAAACUGCUGCCUGUGCUUCCUCUGUUCAGCCCAGCCCUGUCCUCUGAACCCUGCACACAACGGCUGAAGCUAUGGGCAUGUCUGCGGAGGAAGAGGACUCCAGCAGCCCUAAAGAUGAGGAAUGGCCAGAAGUGGAGAAGGCUGAGAAGCUGGCAAGAGGAGCUGCCUUGAAAUGGGCUUCUGGGGUAUUUUACCACCCAGACAAGUUGGAGGGUCUUGGGCACUAUUGGAGGCGGGAGACGCAGCGGAACAACUCCAUCCAAUCCCGGCUAAAGUCGACUGUCCAGUCCUACCUGGAGGGGGUAAGUGCAGGCCUGGAACAGCUGUGCAUGGCUACUGAUGAAGUGCAGAGCGUGUGUCAAGAUCUGGGGACAGUGCAGUGGAACCUCUUGGGCAGUGCUGAGUGUUUCCAAAACCUUGAGCAGCUGCGAGCUGUGGUGACAGACCAUGUGCAGCUGGGCUUGGUGGUGCAGUCUCUUCCUCAGCUGGUCUCAGUACAUGAGCUCCUUUCUCAGACCCUCCAUCUCCUUCAUGAUCAGCAUCUCCUGGAAGCCCAUGCUGGGCUCAUGGUCCUAGAGCGUCUUCGUGAUAAUACCCUCUCCCAGCUGCAUCACAGCGACCUCUUGAAUGCCCAGGAUCUGGACAUUGUGGAGUCCUACUUCAGUGGCCUGCAGAAGGUGAAUGAGGAGCUGACCCGGCAGCUGUGGAAUAUCAUUGGCAGGAGCAUGAAGCUUGUACAUGAGGACCCAGCCCUCUUUGUCUCUGCUGUGCGGAUUAUUGAGAGAGAAGAGAACAUUGAUGCCCUGUUCCUGGACACCCGCUCCCACCACUUCCUUCCCCCAGGACGCCCCAAAAGUUGGAGGCAGAAGUUCUACCAGGUCCUUCAGGAAACCAUCACUGUUGCCCAUUUUCAGGCCAGUCAUGCAGACAUGAAGGGCCCGGGGAUGGCUAGGCACCUAGCUGCUCUGCAGAGCAACAUCCUGGCAGAGCUGUGUGUGGUGAAGGACCUGAUGGUGCAGUGCUGUCCUGUGCACUACAAUAUCGUGAAUGUCUGCACCAUCAUGUACCAUCAGGGCCUGUCCAGUCACCUGCAGGACAUCCUCAGUUGGGACCUAGACAAACAAGAGAUCUUCAUCGUCCUUGACUGGGUUCUGCAUGUGUACCACAGCCCAGAAAUGAUGAGUCACCCUGACCUUCUUCCUGAGGUGGAUGUAUCAACUCUGGGCCCCCUGGUCCCUCCUGAGGUGGUGGAUCACAUGGAGAGGAAAUACGUGGUGAAAGUCAGAGGUAAUAUGACUGAGUGGAUGCAAAGGACACUUGAGGUGGAAUACAAAGAGUGGUUCAGGGAAGAGGAACCAGAAAUGGAUCAUCAGGGCUUCUUCCAGUCUGCCUUGCCAGUCAUUAUCAUGCAGAUGCUGAAUGAGAAUAUCCGGGUGGCCUCUCUGAUCACAGACUCUCUCCAGCAGAAGGUUUACACCAUGGCCAUGGAUGAGCUGGAGACCUUCCUGGCCAGGUUGCGAGAGGCCCUGGUGGAGUAUGGGAAGGAGCACCAGCGAGACCGGGCCAAACCUAAGUAUUAUGUCCCCUACCUCCUGGCUGUGCUCAACAACAACAUGGUGCUCAGCUCCUCCAUCUGCUCUCUGCACCCCAAUGGUGACUUGCUAUCUGAACCCAGGGAGAUCCCUACCUCCCUUAAGGCAGCACUGGACAGGACCCAGAAGAAAGCUUGCCAGCUGUUGCUGGAGGAGCUGCUGGUGGAUCUACAGCCCCUGUAUAUGCAGCUGCCUUCUCGCAAGUGGCUAUCUGGGUCCCAGCUGGUGAACAGCACGUGUGAAGUGAUAGACAAGUAUGUGAGAGACUUCGCCAGAGUCAGGAAACCCAUCUUCAAGCUCCUGCUGUCAGAGAGUGAGCACUUAGUUAUGAGUCAGUACCUCCGGGCACUCAUGCAGAAGAAGUUGGUGUGCAAGAGUGAGGAGGAGAGGAGCCAGUUCUCUCAUCGGCUGCUCCAGGACGCUACACAGCUUGGGGACCUGUUCCACUCACUGGGCCUGGACAAGAGUGAACAGACCAUUGAGGUGAUAGUUGCGCUCCAGGAACUCAUCCGCCUCAAGGACCCAGCAUUGCUCAGUCUGGAGGUCUUGGGCUUUGUGACAAAAUACCCUGACAUCAGUGAUGAACAUGUGUCAGCCCUGCUGGAUCUCCGAGGCGAUGUCUCCAAAGAGGUCCGGAACAUGGUGAUGGAGAUGAUGGCACAAAAUCCGCAAGCCCUGCCUGAAAACUACCAGCCAAUCUUCAGUAACAUCCUGGUCCCAGGUCCAGAGCUGCCUUUCUGCCUUCGCAAGGGCAAGUGUGCCUGAUACCUGGUCAUGCAAUUAGGUUUUCUCAAGCUUUCUACCUGCCCUGGGACCUCUGUGAAUAAGGGACUGACUGUGAGCAGACCCCGAGGCCCACUGUGGGGUUAAUCAAAGACCGCUGGGUCUGUGUACUGGUGCAGUGCAUGGUGUGGAAGGCACCACCUGACCUCUUGAGGCAGUGGGUGCAGCAUAAGGCUGGGAAAGCUGGAUAUUAGCCCUGCUGGGCAGGGAGGAUGGGGAAGAGACUGUCCCCUUGAUGCUAGGCCCCAGAGAGCCUUUAGUUGACUGUGGCCCCAGGCAUAUGAUCCUGGGCAGGGCUGGGGAGGGGACAGUGUCUAGGCCUAUUGCUGAGCUGUUCACUACCUGAUUCACCUCUGUCCCCUUGAGCAAUGGGUCUGGGCUUCCCCUUCAUGUUGCUGCUCAUGUUAUGCUCCAUAGUUUACAGGAAGAGAAGGGGGAGCCAAGGGGACAGCAUGGUCAAUGGCAGGUGAGCCUAGAAGCACCCAAACAACCAAGAUUGCUCCAGGAUUCUUCCCCACGUUCCUGCCACAAGUCACUCUGUCCACUGCACCUGUGAGUGUCCAAGUCUUUUGUUCUGUCUUUUUUUUCUUUUCCUGUCACUAAGCUAAGCUAUAGGCCUAAUAAACUUAGGGCUGCAACAGGAUUAUAACAUGUGCACUUCCUUUCUGCUAUGUCAUGUUAAACCUGCCAGCCAGCUAAAGCCCAUCAGGCCAGGCCACAUACUCCUCUUCCACCAUUUACAGAUGCAGACACCAACAGGUGUCUGUGGGGUUCAAGAGACCAGUUAGAGGGUAGUUAUGGAGAAAGCUUCCCCAGGGGCUGUUUCUUCACCUCUGUCUGCUGAGUUCCAGUUCUUAUGCAGAGCCUUUGCCAUAGUCUCUGAGUACCUGUGAACUGUACCAGGCCCUGCAAGCAAAGACAGGGACUGAAACAGCCCCUCAUACUGAGACUAAGCUGGCUGAAGCCCUACACUUCAGUGGGGCUGCUACGGAGGUCCAACCCCUCUCAAGUGUAACAGGUUGUUCUCACCAUUCACGUGGAGGCAUGAGUCCUACUGAACUUUUGGCCUCAAAGGGCGCGUUUACACAUGCAUUAAGAUUCUUUUUCUAAUGCACAUUAAAUUCAGUACCUCCAAUAUGAGGUACUAAAUAAUGCGCAUUAGGCUGCAUUAAUGCACAGUAAUGAAUGCACAUGAUUUUUAAG